AUGGCGGGCACCGACCAAAAGUCAUUUCUGGGAACAUUUUCCCCAUGGAAUACCCCCAGGAGCUCAACCCCUCAGCCUGCAGAUAAUAAUCAUAAUUCUGGCUCUGGCUCGGACGUCUUGCAGCGCUCACAAGGCGAAGAUCAUACCGUGACACACCGACACAAGCUAGGCCAGCGCCAUUACCCAUCCGAUUGUCCCCCGUUAAAGGCGAGAUGGUUUUACGCCGUGGAUUCGCCGAAGCGGAAACCAUCUUUGAACGAUGCAAAGAAAUCGGAUCAGAAACCGCUACCCCCGCCGAAGAAAUUCAUUCCUUUCUCGCUGAAGGAUUCGCAAUCGAUUGAAUCUACUUUCCAGAAUCUUAUUGAAGAUGAAAAUACUCGCGAUCAUGGCCACGGUCAGGCGCCACAUGAGGAUGAACAACAACAACGGGCACGAGCUUCCACCAAGGUCGCUGUGAAUGAGGAUUAUUUGUUCGAUGUGGAUGUUGCACAACGGGAGCUGGCCCCUGCCUAUUGGAUUGGACCUGUUUAUGAAGUACGGCGAGGAACGUGGUUCUUUCAGGAUGGGUCGAAUCUGAAGCCCUGCGAAGAAAAUCUAGCAACACAGUUGGAAGAAGGAUAUCUCAAGCUGCGUCCUUGGAGAACGGAUGUGGCAGAGGCCAGCUCCGGAGACCCUGCGACAUCGGCGAAACAUGAUCGAUCUAGUGACCGUGACCGUGACCGUGACCGUGACCGUGACCGUGACCGUGACCGUGACCGUGACCGUGACCGUGACCGUGACCGUGACCGUGACCGUGACCGUGACCGUGACCGUGACCGUGACCGUACGGAUGGCAGUGCAGAUCCACGACCCGGUGUGCCCGGAACACAAACACAGUACUCGGAACCAUCAACAUCAAAGUCAUCUCGUUCACAGGGUACUGGAAAGAUACCCGCUUCUUCCACGAUGGAGUCUCGUCAGUACCGACUUUUCGGGGCCUACAUGAAUAGAAUCGUGGCCUAUCAAGACUCCUCAACGGCUUGGGUCACUACUGAUGACUUCAUGUCCCGUGUUAGCACCACCGUAUAUCAAAAACUCGGCGGUGCCCCAGGCAAUAAAGUAGUGCGUGGCUUAGUCGAGCCCAAACGCUCGAGAGAACCAUCUGAUCUCCGCGAACGAGAUCGAGAUCGAAAGCCCGCCGAUAAAUCCUCCGGCGCUAGAACACCAGAGGUCCCCUCUUCUACUACCUUUACAGAGACUCCAACCACCCAGUCUAGCGGGAAAGACGGAAUAGAAAGGCCAACGGAAGUCGAAUCCCCAGAUAUCAGGCGACCACAGUCAACACUGGAGCGACAAAUGUCGUCUCUAGCAGGUGAGCCGCAAAACCCGGCCGAACUAGAGGAACAAGCUCGUAGACAGGAGGAGCAGGAGAUGGAAGACUUGAGGGAAGUCGAUAGUGAGGAUCGAGAUCGAGAAGUCGAUCAUAUUAUCCUUGUCACUCAUGGUAUUGGUCAACGGCUUGGCUUGCGACUCGAGAGUAUCAACUUCAUACACGAUGUGAAUGUGCUUCGAAAGACACUCAAGACUGUCUAUAAGGCUUCACCGGAUCUUCAGGCGCUGAAUGCAGCAUUUGCGGACCGCGAUGGCAAUUGUCGUGUUCAGGUUCUUCCUGUCUGCUGGCGCCAUCUACUCGAUUUCCCCUACCGUGGAGUCCGACAGAACCGAAAGGAACUCGAUCUGACCGACGCCGACACCGUCGAUGACGACGCAUACCCCAGCCUGGCAGAUAUCACGCUCGAAAGCGUCCCGGCUGUUCGGAACCUGAUAUCCGACCUAGCCAUGGAUGUCCUUCUAUAUCAGAGCGGUUAUUGCGAGCACAUCUCCAAUAUCGUGAAACAAGAGUGCAACAGAAUCAUCGGGCUCUACAAGCAGCGAAAUCCAUCAUUCAACGGCACCGUGAGCCUAUGUGGUCAUUCUCUAGGCAGCGCGAUUCUUUUCGACAUCCUCUGCCACCAAAAUAGCUCCGAGUCUCCCAAGACAAAAUUCACAGCACCAGGUGACGAUCUUGCCGACCAGUGGAAGGAAGAGAAGAGCGAACUGAGCUUUCAAUGUGAGGAGUUCUUUUGCCUAGGUUCUCCAAUCGCGUUAUUCCAAAUGCUCAAGGGGAAAACAAUUGCCGGAUACUCACCUCUUGGAACGAGAAAACGCAAAAGUGCCCUCGACAUCGAAUUUGACGCCAAAGCCACCCGAUCGCUCAACUCUUCUAAGCGCGACUCGCAAAGUCACGCUGGUCGCGGACCCAUUGAUAACUCAGCCAUCAUCUCCGCGCCUCAAUGUCGCGAUCUGUAUAAUAUUUUCCACCCCUCUGACCCGGUUAGUUAUAGACUUGAACCGCUCAUUUCUCCGGCCAUGGCUAGUCUCAAGCCUCAGCCUUUACCUUCUGUCAAGAAGAGUAUAUGGACGCAGUCCGGUCAGAGUCUUUCUAUUAUUGGAUCGCGUAUGGGUCAGAGUGUUGGCAGUCUUUGGAGUAAUUUUACUUCUGGCGUGGCGAGUAGUCUGCUGAAUCGCAGUUUGGGAUUACAUGCGGAUGAGGUUUCUUCUGCUGUUAAUGCGGGCGCGAAUGAUCGCGGUCAUAAAAGGUCGCAGUCUGCUUCGAAUCAGGAUUCUUCUCAGGGUUCUGACCAUCCUCAGACUCUUAUUGAUGGUGAUUUGGAAACUCUUUAUGAUGGGUUUCAGAAGAGUCGGGAUGGUCAGAAGAAGGGCCAGAAUCAUGCUCGGUCUACUUCGGGUAGUGAGAAUGAUUUUGAUUCUGAAGAGCAGGAGCGGAAAUUGAAGUUUGAAGAUGCUAAAGUGCGCGGCUUGAAUUCGAAUGGUCGGGUGGAUUAUAGUAUCCAAGAGGGCGCAUUCGAUAUUUCUCUCAUCGCGAGUAUCGCCAGCCACCUCACAUAUUGGGGAGAUGAGGAUGUCAAUCACUUCAUGCUUUCGCAGAUGUUGUCUCGGGAAUCGCGACAUCGGACUAAGAAGUUGUAA